GCUUUUGUGGAGGCACGACGGGAGGAGCAGCAGCCCUGCCCGGUGAUCCGUGAGAGGUUGGCGGGGGGACCUCCCCGCCGUGGCGCUGGCCUGAACAAAGAUCCCGGUCCGGGGGGGCCCCGGCGUCCCUCUUCCUCCCGGGAGCGGCGGGCCGCCGGCGAGGCGGGCGCUGAACCGGCCGCCCGGAGUUGUAAAUACCGGCAGCGUUUGCUGGAAGAGCGUCUUCGAGUAGCAGGAGUUACUGGAAGACUUCGCAGUUGUGGAGGAGGUUGCACGGAGAGGCUCAACUUAAAGCCCAGCUCUGCUUUUGUGCUGUUGUGGAAUCGCGACUGACUUAAACAUCAGUAAAGUUGCACAGAGUAACGCUGGAGCCUGGAAGUGAUACAGUUAUCAAGCCAGUGGGAGACUCUCCAAUUCUUGUGUUUUAGAGUACAUUGUGUCCUAAUUUUUUUCCCCUUUGACUACAUUUUGCAAGAAGAUGAAGAACAGAAAGCAAUGUAUUCAAGAUACUGAGGGUCAGAAGCAUGAAGGCAUGGAAGGUGAAGAAAAUGAAGAAAGCUGUUCCUGUUCUACUUUAUUAUAUGAUGGUGACACAUGCCCCAUCUGUCUGAACUGCCUUCUAGAACAAGAGAUUGGUUUUCCUGAGAACUGCAGUCAUACCUUCUGCAUGACUUGUAUUCUUAAAUGGGCUGAGACACAGGCUUCAUGUCCUAUUGAUCGCAGACCAUUUCAAGCAGUAUGCAGGCUUGAUGCAUUAGAAGAGCAGAUCAAGGUUCAGGUUAAAGAACAACUAAGGAGGAAGGAAGAAGAGAAAAACUGUGCCUGCAAUGAGGGAAAAUAUAGCCAUGCAAAGAUGAGAAGUUUUGUGAGAAGAGCUGUAUGUCCAGACAGAGGGCCGUUAACAGCAAAAUUAAGCAAAGUUGUGAAGAAAAAAUACAGUAAUAUUUUGUAUGACAAACGAAACAAGAAAGCUUUGUCUGUGAAGAUAAACAAGCCCAGAAGACAGACCUGCUGGAAUGAAUGCUUGAGAACUAAUUUCUUCAGCACACUUCCGGCCGGUGGUAGCAAUGAAGAAUCCUUUUUUAGCUGUAGAAAUGACUGUACAGAAUUCACAGAAGUCAAUGCAGCGAUCAGACAGAAGAGACAAGAACUGGAAUUGUCCUGUUCGUCUGUGAUUGCUAGAGUUGAAAGAAUUCCUUUAAUGUCUUAUGGAGCUGAAGCUGAGACCUUUCUUCUCACUUCUACUACAGUGGCAGGGACAAUGCUUCCAACAAAUAUCAGGCCUUUGGAAAACUUUGAGUCUUUAGGCAAAGGAUAUGCUGUUGCAUGUACGCAAGAAGGAGAAGAGAAAAAGCAAGCUUCUGGUUCAUCUGGCACUAGAGGAAGUAGAAGGAAAUCAGUUAAUACUACUCCUAGAAGAAGGUCUGCACGAAACAGCAAAAAUGAGACUCUGGGUCAGUCUCGGAGCUCACCUCGGUCAAGCAGUUCUGCGUGCGGUGCCCCUGAUGGCAAUAACCCAUCUCUGAAUAAAUCUCCUUCAGAAUCAGAGAAGGCUCCUCCAAAAAGAAAGUCUAAAAGAGUAGUUAAACAACGAACACCUGUGGUUAGAAAGAAACUGAGAAGUUCUGCACGUUCUGAAAAAUCGUCCAGUGAUUCAGUGGAAGAUGAUGACAUUGCUGAGUCUGAAGCAGUUCUAACAUUAGAUAAAGACCAGCAGUCAGAUAAUGAAAGCAAUAACGCAAGCCUUCCACAGAAAAAUAAUGCAGAAACAGAAUCUGCUAAUGGAUUGGAAAGCUGUAGUGAACAUGCAGAAAUUGAGGAAACUACAGGAGAAUGUGACAAAGAUGAAGAUAUUUCAGGCAACGUGGAUGUAAGUUUUUCUGUCCAGGAGCCUCCAGUACUAACUUCAGGGGGCGAAAGUCAGGAAUUUGAAGUAAAAGGAGUUACUGAAAAAAAUGUAGAUCUUAAGAAUCAGGACAUCCAUGAAAAUACUCUUGAACAAACGGAAACAGUAGCUAGUCCCAAAGAUGAAGUAUGUGAUCGUGCAACUUCUGAAAAAGUAGAUCAGACAUUGUGUAGUCCUCAAAAUGAAUUGAUGGAGAACGUAGAAACUUUGACAAAAAUAGAUCAGCCCGUAGCUAGUCCAGAAAAUGAAUUGUUGGAAUAUCCAGAACCUUUGGGAAAAGAUCAGCCAUUAGAGAGCCCCAGAAGCGAAUUGCCUGAGCAUCCAGAAGCCAUAGAAAUAGACGAUUCCGAGGCUGAAGAAAAAAAAGUAGUAGACUGUGCAAGUACAAAUAUUCAAAACUUAAAAACCGUUCAAGACAAAGAACCAGAUACAUUAAUACACAGUAUUUCUGUGGACAGUACAUCAGAACAAUCCUUAAAAGACAACACCAUGCCAGAAAGUGAAGAGGGUAGAACUUCAGAGUCGCCCCAGGUAAAUGCUGAACAUAAACAUUUUGGUGAAGAUAACAAUGAAAUGAUACCAAUGGAUUGUGACUCAUUUUGCGGUGACCAGAAUGAACCUCAGAUUGAGCAGUUACCACCAGUUGAAAGUACAGAGCAAGGAGACGUGAACUCUUUACAGUGUGAUGUGGGAAACUGUACAUCAGUUUCAGGACUUUCUGAUGAAAAAGAUGAAACUAUUCCUCAAGAGAGAGAGUGCCAGUCAGAAUUCAAAAAAGAUAAAAAGACUCGAACUAGAAGGUCUAGAUUUCAUUCUCCAUCAACAACUUGGUCCCCUUCUAGGAGAGAGGGCACGAAAUCUCAGUCACCAUCCCCUAAAAGGGAGAUGACCAGAGACAGGAGCUCACGAUCACCCAAGAAGGAAACUGUCAGGGAGGGAAGGAGAUCCUUAUCUCGGUCUCCGAAGAGAGACACACUCAAAGAUGAGAAAAAAACACCAUCUCGAUCUCCCAAAAGGGAAACUGUCAGGGAAAGCAGGAGAUCAUCUUCUCGGUCAAGAACUAAGGAUUCGUCUCCGAGGCAAAAAUCUAGAUCUCGAAGCAGUGAUAGAGAUAGUCAAAGAAGAGAUCGUGACAGAGAAAGAAGAAAUAGGAGGUGGUCUAGGUCACGGUCAAGAUCUAGGUCAAGAUCACGAUCUAGGACAAGAAAUAAAGGUUCUUCAUCCUCUAGAAAUGAGAGGGACAGUCAUUCACCUCGAUGGAAAGAGAGAUGGGCAAAUGACAGCUGGAGGAGUCCCAGAGGAAAUGAUCGAUACAGAAGAAGCGAUCAAGAAAAACAGAAUGAAAGUCUUAAAAAAGAGAAGGACAAUACAGAAAAAAACAAUGAUGAUCAGUGUUCUUCCGACAAGCGGAGGAAUGAUUGUCCAGACUGGGUUAUGGAAAGGAUAAACUCUGUUCCGGAAGUCAGGAACAGAGAGAGAGAUAAACCACAUUGGGAAGACGGCAGGCAUGAUAAUUCAGGACAGUCUUGGAAUAAAAACUUUGGUUCAGGUUGGAUUCCAAAUCGAGGGAGAGGUCAGCGUGGCCGAGGUGGGCGUGGAAGAGGUGGUUUCAUGUAUGGAGACCAGAGUGAAAAUCACUGGCAAAAUAGAAAACCUCUCUCAGGGAACUCAAAUGGUGCUGGGAAUGAAACGUCAAGGUUCCCAGAACAUCAGCCAUACAAGCGUAAGAAUGAACAAGAUUAUUCUUUCGAUACACCUGCUGACAGAUCAGGGUGGACAUCUGCAUCCAGCUGGGCUGUAAGAAAGACUUUACCUGCUGAUGUGCAGAAUUAUUAUUCAAGAAGAGGACGCAAUUCAUCAAGCCCACAGUCUGGAUGGGGAAUGAGACAAGAAGAGGAGACACCUGAACAAGAUCCAAACCUCAAAGACCAAGGCAACCAGCAAAGCGAUGGUUCUCAGUUACCAAUAAAUAUGAUGCAGCAACAAAUGAAUGUAAUGCCACAAGUGAAUGCACAGCACCAACCUAUGAAUAUCUUUCCGUAUCCAGUGGGUGUCCAUCCUCCCAUGAUGAAUAUGCAACGAAAUCCUUUCAACAUCCACCCUCCAAUGCCCAUGCAUCUCCCUACCGGAGUGCCUCUCAUACAGGUAGCUGCUCCCACAAAUUUGUCUCAGGGAUUACCUCCGCCUCCACCUCCACCCCCACCAUCUCAACAAGUCAACUACAUUGCUUCACAGCAAGAUGGAAAACAAUUGCAGGGUAUUCCAAAUGCUGCUCAUGUAAGUAAUAACAUGAGUGUUCCAGCCUUGCCUGCUCCAACAGCAGUCCUGGGAAACGUGGGAACAGUUCAGGGACCAAGUUCGGGUAAUGCAACGUCAUCGAGUCACGUCAAGAGCUCUAACGCAGCUGUAAAAUUGGGAGAAAAUAAAGCAAGUGUAACAGUGGAAGCCAGUGCAGACAGCUCAAAGAAGGACCAGAAAUUGUUAAUACAAGAAAAAGCGGCACAAGAGGUCAAACUAGCUAUUAAACCUUUCUACCAAAAUAAAGACAUCACUAAGGAAGAAUAUAAAGAAAUUGUGCGGAAAGCUGUAGAUAAAGUUUGUCAUAGCAAGAGCGGAGAAGUUAAUUCUGCAAAAGUGGCAAAUCUAGUGAAAGCGUAUGUAGACAAAUACAAACAUUCACGGAAGAAAAAUCCUGAAGAGGCAAUCUCCUGUGAAAGGAAAUAGAACAUGUUUUCAGUUUUUAAUUUUAUUCUAUCUGCAAAGUGCAAUUUCAACAUGAACCGUUAACUGAAAAUUGUACAUGACAGUGAUUUGAAUCUAGUUUUGAUAAAAUUAUUUUUCAAUGUAGUAUAUAAUGUUUUGUUCUAAAGAAAUAUAGAUCUACAGGGCAACUUCUUUAUUCCUUUUUUAAAACAGAUGUCUAAAAAAAAUAAAGGUGUAAAGAAGAAUCAUUAGGAAUGUACGAUUGUGUGGAUACUUAGAUGUACAGCAUUUUGACUUGAAUAACAGAGUGCAUUAAAUUAGAAACUUCUGUCUGAGUACAUUGGUUUUGGAACAGGUAUGUACAGUACAUGUAAUCGGUCAGAUGAAAGUGAAAUUUUUCUUUUGAUUUCUCCCUAAUUAUAGCAAAGAUAAAAUAAUGUAUUGCCUUGACAAAUAUUUCUAGCGUUAACUGGACAGGCUGAAUGCAGGGGUCACAAUGUGUAUAUAAAAAAAGCAUAUGGAGUUGUCUGAACAGAAGAACUGUUUAGAUUUUAAAAAGAAAAAUCAUAAACAGUAAAAUGCAGUGCCCAAAACCAUGGGCGCUGCACAUCUGUUGUAACACCAAAUAAAAAUUAUGCUGCUUGGU